AUGUCUUUUACUCCAGAAGAACUCGAAAUCAACGAAAGUGACGAUGAACAAUAUUAUGAGGACGUGUACUUCGAUUCAGAUCUUGAUAAUGAAACCAGUGAAGUUGAUAACGAACAAAUCAAUCCGACAGAAAUAUAUUCAAUAAAAAAGUCACGAAAAAAAUUAACAAAAGAUGAAUUAUUUUAUGAUCCUGAAAUCGAUAAUGAUGAUGAAAUUUGGAUGAAAAAAAAAUUGGCUCAGUAUAAUACCGAGACGACAAACCAAACGACAACAAAUCAAACAAAAGAAAUAACAAAUCAAGCAGCAAACCAAAGUCAAACAGAUGCGAUAUUAUCAUGUCCCAUGUGUUUUACUGUUUUAAAAAAUUGUAAAAUUAAUCGGUCAGAACGAUUAGUUUAUACUGAUAAAGAAAAUGCUAAAAAACGUAGUAAAAGUAAAAAUAAAAGAUUAUCAGAUAAACAAAAGCAAAGACCUACUAAUUCAGCAGAUGUUGAACUAGAUGUCAAAAGCGAUGAUACGAUAAAAGAGGAAAUUUAUUAUCCCGUAGAAUGUGAAAUUUGUGGAACUAAAGUUGCAGUAGUGGAUGAAGAGGAA